GCGCAACGUCGCAUGACUCGACACGGAACAGCUGUAUUUUACGCACUGCUGGUACAAGGCCCGAGGGCAGAUUAUUCUUAUAUUCGAUUGAUUGUUCUCAUGUGUGCUUAAGACGAUUUUGUAAAGCUGCCAAUUUUCUUGUGGACCGAGCAACAGUUCAUUCAGCAAGAGCGAGGGGGACAUCGCAGUAAAUCUGCCUCCGUUGAGCGUGACUCUCCGCUAUCGUGUGUUCGUCGCUAGGUAGUGGCAAUGUUGGCCCCUGCUUGACAUUUUCCUGGUGGUCCCUACAAUAUGGUUUGAGACUCGGAGCCGAAAGUAUUUCGCGCCGUCUGUCGGGCCCCGUUCCCCAAUGCAACGCAGUUCAGGGCAUAUCGUUCGCGCGCGGACGAAACGCAGCGUUUUUUCCUCUUGAGAAACUCAACGGUUUCCCUUUUUUACAAGAUUGUUACAAGGUUCUUGUGAAUGACACCUUUGCACAGUUAAGGGGCCGGUAUCCCCACGGUUUUCCUGAUCACCCACGAUACAAACACACUUUCUGGCAACCUCACCAGUUUCUCGCGUUGCAUUUCUCGCAAAGUAGCGUCAUAAGUUGAGCGUGAUGAGGGGCCGACGUCAGAGGCAAAGACCCAGGAAGUGUCUUUGUCUCAGCAGUUUCCCAUCCGCGAAAUUUCAUAGGUCCUGCACAGGACAAUCCUUUCUAGGGAAAGUAGAUUCCCCUGUCCGUCCAUAUGCUAGGAACUCGGCUGGUGUUGCCCUUUCCAGUACAGCUUCUUUACCUUCUCCGUCUUUUGCUUUCUCGUGCUUUCUUUCCGCUCCUCCCUGCGGCAUCGAAAGCGAACCGCUUUCCCGUAAGGCGCCGCAGCUCUCUUGUGGGGCUCUGCGUAGGGCAGCGCGUUACUUGCGCAGUCCUCUGCGUUCUGCGCCGUCUGUUUUGUUCACUCUGUUUUUCGUUGUCUCUCUUUCUUCCCCUUUCUUCCGUCUCGGGGUCUUGCCCUCGUUCUUAGGUAACGAGCGAGUGACCCUCACAGGGGGCUCUUCGGGGCGCCCCUCUCCGGAGCCUCAUGCACUCGCCGCCACUGCAACACCCGCUACAAACAGCCUGUUUGGCCACGGCCUGGAGACAGGCGCUUUAUUGACAGAGACACGAAACGAAGGGACGGAGCGAGAGCACAGACGCAAACAUGCAGGCGACGCCGGACCAGGACAUGCAAGAGGAGCGCAGGUAUCUGUGGCGCAGGCCAAUCCUUUCCGCGGUUCUGCGAAGGGAGGAAGCGGGGAAAGGGCGGUCGAUUCCCGCUCAGACGAUGGAGAGGGAGACGCAGACAACCCACUGUUUCAUUCUCCGUACUGGCAGGCGGCCGCUGUCUCCGGAAAAGCUCCACUGGAGGCUGCUGAUGUGCUUCUGCCGUGGGGGUCAGAGAGGGUGGAUACCCGCAGAGUCGAACAUGCGAACCCGAGCCGUCGAGAGAAGGGCGGCGAAGAGGUGUACGUGGUGACCGAACGGCCGCAAACUGCCCCUUCCUCUUCGACAAGCACAUCUGCGCCUACCUCGAGCGAGGAGAAAGAGGACGGGCAUUCACCAGGACACAGGAAAGAAGCGAAGCUGUCACCGUUUUGGAGGACAGUUUAUGCUGCGGUCACGGUCGGUCUUAUAGGCGUUGCUGGCUUGGCAAGCGGGCUGACGACAGGGUAUAUGGCGUUUGAUGAGCUCCAGCUCCUCGUGCUACAGGAAACAGGUUCUCCCCGAGCACGGCAGCAGGCGGAAACCGUGUACCGCAUUGUUCAAGGGAAUCGGCACCAACUCCUCGUGACUCUGCUUCUCUGCAAUUCACUCGCCAUGGAAGCGCUCCCUCUCUUCCUCGACCGCCUUCUCACGCCUGUCCUGGCUGUCCUCAUUUCAGUCACUGCAAUUCUUUUUGUGGGAGAGAUUCUGCCUCAGGCUCUGUGCACAGGAAAAUACCAGCUGCCAAUUGCCGCGGCACUGGCACCCACUGUGCGGUUGCUCAUCAUUGUCUUCGCGCCCAUCGUGUACCCGACCAGCAAACUCCUUGAUCGUUUCGUCAGGACAGAACAUCGGACGCACCUAUAUGCUCGCUCCCAUCUUAAGGCAUUAAUUGGUUUACACCAGAAGGACCGUCGGAGCCCUCUGUUGCUUCAGCACAGCAUAGAUCAGCGCCGGCAAGAGCGUCUCCCCACGGCAGAGGGUGAUUCGUCGUCGCGGCGAACUCGACGACCUUCUUCAGGGCAGGAUGAUGUCACCGGUGGAACCAUGACUGCCAUGGCACUUGCUGUGCCGGACGCCGGCGAAACACCAGGCAGUUUCGCACGAACGGCACAAGACAGGCAAGGGGGCGCGGCAUAUUCCGCUUCUCGCCAGGGCGACGAAGUUCGAAAGUUAGAAGGCGCCACAGCAACAGAUACGCCUACUCCCCGGAGCGUGGGCGAAGGGCGAGGACUCGAACAGAGGCCAGUCAGAGAGAGCUCAACGAUGGGAGCGCGUUUCAGUGCCGGAGAUCGCAGGCCUGUCUCCCCUCAGAACCGAUCUCCUAUGCGGAACACAGAAGCCGAAGGAGAGACUCGAGAUGGAGCUUUACAAGGCGGUAGCCUACACCCGUCGAUGCAGCAAGCUGGAUUGCACGCGCCAGGAUGGAGCGACAACGGGGAACCGGAGGGAGCCACACACAAGACGCGGGAAGAUCUGGGGAAAGCAGUCGGACUGCAUCGAGACGAAGUUCUCAUUAUGCAAGGCGCUCUGGAUAUGGCUUGCAAGAGUAUAUGCGACUUCAUGGUCCCCCUUCAUGACGUCUACAUGCUCGAAUGUUCGAUGCGACUGACCCGCGAACUUCUGGUUGAUGUUUUGCGCAAAGGUCAUUCGCGUAUUCCGGUCUAUGAGGGGCGCCGCUCUAAUGUCCGAGGCGUGCUUCUUGUGAAGAGUCUCAUCCUUAUUGAUCCAAAGGCAGGCAUCAGGAUCCGCGACCUGAUGCGCGGUCGCACUUUCCGACGUUUGUGCACGCCCCUGUUCGUCGCCCCUUCUGUCAACCCGUACCAACUUCUUAAUGAAUUUCAAGAGGGCCGCUGUCACUUAGCGUUUGUGACCAAUGACGUCGCAACCUAUCAGCAUGCAUGGAAGCAGGACGUCGACGUUCCUACAACUGCGGAUCUUCUGGGGAUUGUCACUCUCGAAGAUGUGAUAGAGGAGCUCAUUCAAGAGGAAAUCAUGGAUGAGUUUGAUAAACGCAUGACAGGCGUAGGGCCCUCUGCUGCUCGCGCUAUGCGCUCGGCAGGCAGUGGUCAUUCUGGAGUCCUUUCGUCGACACCAGGAGCAUCGCGGUUUCCUGCGAUGGACACCUCGGCAUUCCUUGGUCUAGAGCCCCCGCGCCACGAGUCGGGCAGCGAACUUUCCGAUAGAUUGGGCACACGCUCAAACACAGAUGCUUACCUUCCUCUUGCGCGAGCUUCUACCACUCUAAGUCGUUUCGCAUCUCUUUUCGCUUUGGAAGAGGCUGCCUCGUGCGCAUCCCCUUCAGCCCCGUUUAUUAGAACUCCCCCACAUCUUGGGAGUCGUGCCGCCCUUCUCUUCACUGCUGGCGAUCGAGCGCCAGGGCCAAGCAAGGGAGAUCAAGGAGAAGACCACCCGGAAACGAUUAACGGGAACAAAGUGGGAAAAAGACUGUGUAAGUCAAAAACGUCGGAAUGUCCUUUUCAAGGAGUACGUGCUGAUGGGGCAGGAGCGGCCGCCGGGCUCACAGAUGGGUCCUCAUGCUCAAGCUCGGCGGCACAUGAUUCUAAUGGUUCACGUAGUGUUUGCUCUGGAGGGACCGCUUGCGAAGCGGACUCGUUGAUAGAAGAUCGUCCAUUCUCUCCGGGGAAACAAGAGGUGCAUCGACUGCGUUCGGAAAUGAAAGGCUUUUCUGAAUCGCCAGCCUCUUUGUUGUUGUCCCCAGAUACAUCUGUAUCUGGAGUAAUGUCGCCCAAACGACAGUGCGAAGUCUCAUCCGGCACACACCUGGGUUCAGCAGGAGAGGUGAUUUCGCCGGAAGUAUGUGCCAGAGAAGCACUGGGUGAUCACAGUUUUCCUUCGUCACAAACUCCAGGAGGUCGCCGAGCUCAGCGACGUCGCUCCAUGUAGGUAUCUGGUAAACUUUCUAUCAGUCCAGGUCGCGUCAGUGUUUGUACUGAGGAUGGGCUGCAAGGACGACAAAGGAUACCCGAGUCUGAGCAACUGGAUAAAGGCAGAGAAGCAGAGAAACACAGUAACAAGGCGAUAUACAGAAGCAGCGAAGACGUGCUUCUCUAGGACAUCAGCCGUCUACCUGGUGCUAUGUUCGGGAUGGACAGUCGAAAGGCAAAAGUGGUACAUGAAGAGAGGGAUCAGGCGGUCGAACGAAAAUAGGCAAACCUAUGGAGACCGCGACCACUGGUCUCUGUACGAAAGUAAACAGCGAGCGUUGUGCUACUGAACAUAAAAACAACGUCCAGAUGCCCUCGCCGACGGAGGGCAAACACAAAGAAGUACGCAUAGGCUGCGGCGAAUGGAUUAGCAUCGUACUGGGAUGACAGAGAAGACGGAACGAACACCCAAGGGCGACGCAGGUACCGGGGAGGGUAAGAAAGCAGAAACACGAAAACUUUGGAAAAGGAGGGACCAAAGCAUCAGAGGGAAGAGAGUGAGCAGGCACUGGCAGAGGGACGUUCCUCCAGAAAUGCCGAUUCUAAGAUUGCGCUAAGACCCUUGGCGCAAGAUAGGACGGACGUUGUAGGCCCUUGCACUAGUGGGGGAGAUAGUGGGAACAAACCAGAUGAAUUCGCUGAAGAAUGAGCACGUAGCAAAGCGAACUAGCGGUGUCGCGACGCUGGCGUAUGGUGACGCUAAUUGCCAGUAGCUUUAUAGUACCACAGAGAAUAUCCAAUAGCAGGAGCGUCACACGGAACUUUUUACCGCAUCACCGAGGUAAAGGGUUUUUGAUCGGGUCGCAAGAUUGUAACAUAUGAGAGUUGUGGAAGCCCAAUGUAUCCAGUUUUCUUAUCAAAAUCGUGGCUCUGAAGGGAGCCUUGGCGUAACAAUGGUGCUGCUUCCAGCCUUCGGGAUAACACAGCCGGACAAGAAAUUUCAUCUGUUGCAGCACGAAGUGACAGGCUAGAUAUCCUGUCAUAAACGGGUUCUUUUUUCUCGGGUUCUCUUCGUUGGCGAGCGCGGAUGUCUCUUGUUAGUGAUCCUUAGUUCUGAAAAGGCAACUAUUAAUGAAGGGAAUCACCUCAGAAUGCAAACCUAGGCCGCACAGGUGUUUGCAAGAACUGUGGUAAAAGAUUGUCGAGCGGUUGCCGUGAGUAUAUGAUUACUCUACUCGGUAAGGAAUAAUGUAUCUGCAGCAGGUCAGCGGGGUGGUGGUGCAUAGCAAUCAUAAAGAACUAUCAGGAUGGUAAAAAAAUGAAUACUUGUGCAAUUUUCCCCCAUCACUGGUGUCAGAUACUGGUAUUUCUAUCUGGCGGGGUCUGGCUACAGGCUCACGUCAACACAGUGUGAAAGAUUGCUUUUAUUUUGAAGGAGGAAAGUUUUAGUUCUAUGUGUUAAACAGCUUCAACGUCCAGACAUGUGAAAAUGCUUUCAUGUCCAGCCCAAAGCCCCUCGCUUCGGCGUUGUCCGUGCUAAUAAUCUGUGGAUUUGCACAUCGCAUUCAUGUUCUAGGCUGUCAAAAACGUUUCCUGCCAAUGGAGAAUGAAAAUAACGAGGGAACAACUAAGGUGGCCCCGGAACUCGAAAUGUUCGUAGGCGCCGCUGCGGUGCUCACCGCGUUUUCACUGGGUGCAGCAAACUGGGAAAUGCGUUAGAUACAAUCAAGUACUUCUAGUGUAUUCAAUGACUGACUCACCACAAUACGUGGGUAGUUUUGACUCUUGUGCAGCACAGAAAACUCACUGUUGUUGCAAUAGAUAUUCCGUACAGUACCUCAUGAUAAAAGAUUCCCGGCUUAUCAUGUGCAGUGGGCCAGUUUCGCGAAUGAGGUCUCUGCCGAAAACGCAACACGUCCGAUUGGUUCUGUUUUCUGCAUCUUUUUUGUAAUCUUACUUAAGGGGUAGUGCCGGAGCGAUGAUUUUCUUGCCCCGAAUGGAGGCAUAAGAGCACUCGAGACGCAUGGUCUCGCUCCUUUUUCUUCAUUCAUUUACGGGUCACAAUUCGGAUCCUCCGCUUAUUUCUAAAUGCCAGGUGCUGUACGUACCGAUACAGCACGAACACGUGUACAUGAUACGCAAUGGAAAAGCCUCUCUCGCUUUUUCGAAAAGCUCCCGUAAGGGCGGCGACUGGAUGUGAUCGGAAGGUUGCAGGGAAUUAUGUGGAGUUCGUUUCCACCCGUAUGCUGACUGCUUCAGUGUGAAUAUGAAGGAGAACGGAAAGAACGACGCGAUCUACUGAUAGUUGGGGCACCACUGCUAUAUCGGACAGUUGGACUUAAGCGACGCCCGGUUGAUCAAUAAUGAAAUUGUCUGCGGGAAUAUACGUGAGCGAACUCAAUGGUAACGUGUGAAGUCCAUGUUGAUGAGGAGUUACAGUUCUGGAGAAGAACGAAAAGCUGACUUUCAUUCAGGGGGAAGACCUUUUUUCCGUGGUUUCACGUGGUCUGGCGAACUCGUUCUACCAUCGCCUCCUCCCCCCCCGGCGGGCACGGCGUCUUCCUGUGAGGGUCGAAGGCGAAUGCCUGUGAGACGGGGACAGAACAACGAGAGAAAAAACGCUAAUGCCUGCCACAGGGACACAAGCAGUGGCACCAUGCAUGAGGCGAGGAAAUUUUCGCCGAGGAGUGACAGGAGGACGUGCAUUCAUUUAAUCUCGGACACGAGACGUCGAACACAGCGACCUGCAUUCAUUGACGACUGCCGUAAACCUUGCUACCUUUUUUCCAUUUGGUGCCAUCUCUUGUAUUCGACGUGAUAUGUCGAAACAGCUGAACGUGACAAUCAUCAGCGUAUGUGGAUUUGUAGAUAUACACUUAUCGAUGUGUAGUUCUGGCAAAAGAGGCACCACGCGCUGCCGCCCGUGGUCGUACGAAGGUACAGUGCACACAUGUGUUGGCAUUCGCAUAUGUAUGUGAAUCAGGUGUACACUAAAUGUGGGAAACAGUAAACACGGCGUCAGUCGGUGGCAUCCGAAAUGCAAUGCCCUUGAUAUGAACAAAUGCAAUUUCCUCGCAACAGAUUCGUGGGACUUUGCGUUGACAAUCACGUUUCCUUGGUCGUCUGCGAUACCAAACACUUAUUCCGAUUUGCAAACACCCUUUACCAGGUUGGAUAAAUCGCACGUAGUACUUACACUGGAGUCGGAGGAUCCUAGCCUCGUUGACGGGGAUGAAUCUCUGUCCGUCAAGAGAGACACUGCAAACGGCGAAGACAAAAUCUUCAGACGUCUCUACUUGUUCCUCUUCCAGGGUCAAUGCGGGGAAAGUGAGCUCUGGAGUAACAAACUGGUACAGAAAGAAAAACGAAAAAACCCAGCACACGAUGGUGAAUUCUUGCACUCGCGGUUUCUCGGUUUUUGAAGCUUGUUUUCCGGUAUGGGAGACUGAGACGGCAAGCAGGAGUGAAGUGUUGAGCCUCUCUUGAUCGCCGCCCGUCCUCAGACUGACAAUUUUAUCAGUUCUCUUUUCUUACUGUGAGUGUUGGAUCCCGUGGUUUUUCAUCUGCGGCUUCCAAACCAGAGUUUUCUGCUUUUUCUCUUCUUCUUGCCCGCAAUGUAGGGCCGCCGCUAGAGGUCGCAUUUCUUCCUGCUGCGCUUCCAGUUUGCUCUCGAGGUCCACCGAGUCCAACUGCAGGGGUUUUCCCCUCUUGGCCUCCCCCUGUAAAGUUUGCCAUUCCAGGAAUACCUGCCCCACCUCCCGGCACAGCUUUUGUUUUUGCGCGAGCCCCUGCGCUGUUUGCUGUCGCAGACCCAGCUUUCCCCCUCUGACUAUCGGUCGCACGGGACCCUGCAGGUUUCCUCUUUACUCGGUUUGGAUCGGGCAGCAGCGUGAGCGGCUGCGGGUCUACAUCUAUUACGGCUGGCAGAUAAAGAACACGUUCGACUGCUUGUUCUGGAGGUGAAGCAACUUCAUGCGCAGAGCUCAUGGUGGACGGAGUGUAGUUGUCUGUAUCGGUGGAUGAGGAAACUGCAGCAACAGGAGACAUCUCGUCAUGAAGGCACGAAAGAAAGUCUCGUGCAGCCGGAUUGCCAGACCGAAGAAUAGUAAGCCGAACUUGAGCGCUGUUGCUUGCGAUCGCUGACUGGACAGAGACAACGAUAUGAGUCUGGGGAGACAUGACAUUGUCCAGAUCUACAUCGAACAGAUCUCCGUUUUCCGAGAUGGUGUAUGCAAUGACAUGCUGUGUGCACAGAUCUGGACUAUAAUACGUGAAAACGGCCG